AUGCAAUCAUCUGAGAUAUUCGUGGGAUCAAUAGAUCAAGGUACAACAAGUACCAGAUUUCUGAUCUUCAACCGCGAUGGCGAACCAGUAGCCUCACACCAAGUCGAGUUCAGCCAAAUCUAUCCUCAUCCUGGCUGGCACGAACACGACCCCCUCGAAUUAAUAGCAUCAGUAGAGGCCUGCAUCGAAGAAGCAGUCCAAAAGUUCGAAAUAGCAGGCCACAGUCGCAACAGCAUAAAAUGUAUCGGAAUAACCAACCAACGCGAAACAACCAUAGUUUGGGAUAAUGAAACCGGUGAACCCCUCUACAAUGGUAUCGUCUGGACAGACACGCGUUCGCAAUCGAUAGUCAACGACCUAAAACAGAAAGCUGGCGCAGAUGUACUACAAACACUCUGCGGCCUGCCGCUCUCAACAUACUCUUCAGCCACGAAAUUGCUCUGGAUGCUCGCUCACGUCCCGAAAGUCAAGGAUGCAUUCGACCGCGGAACCCUUGCAUUUGGUACAGUCGAUGCUUGGCUCGUAUACCGAUUGAACGGUGUGGCUGCCAAAGUUUUUGUCUCGGAUUCAACAAACGCGUCACGAACGAUGUUUGUGAAUCUGGAGAAACUGAGGUAUGACGAGACGCUGCUUGACUUUUUCGAAAUCCGAGGGAGGGUUCAUCUGCCCAAGAUUGUGCCCUCAUCGCAUCCAACGGCGUAUGGCGUUGUUGCUUCUGGGGUGCUGGCUAAUGUGCCCAUUAUGGGUUGCUUGGGAGAUCAGUCUGCCGCGCUGGUUGGGCAGAAAGGGUUCUCGCCGGGUAUGGCGAAGAAUACCUAUGGGACAGGUUGUUUUCUUUUGUAUAAUGUCGGGGAGAAGCCUGUUUUCUCAACGCACGGAUUGCUGGCUACGGUGGCCUAUCAUUUUGGUGGGAAACCUAUCUAUGCGCUCGAGGGGAGUAUUGCUGUUGCUGGGUCUGGGAUUAAGUUCUUGCAAAAUAAUUUGAAUUUCUUUCAAGAGUCGAGGGAAGUUAACGACCUGGCUCACUCUGUCGAUGACAAUGGUGGAUGUGUGUUUGUCACGGCGUUUAGUGGGUUAUUUGCACCUUAUUGGAUUGAUGAUGCCAAAGGAACGAUCUUUGGCAUCACACAAUACACACAAAAAGGACAUAUUGCCCGUGCAACCCUCGAAGCAACCUGCUUUCAAACGAAAGCAAUCCUCGACGCAAUGGAAAAAGACAGCGGCCAUAUACUCUCUGAGCUAGCCGUAGAUGGUGGAAUGAGCAACUCAGACCUUGCAAUGCAGGCAUGCAAUUUGAUCAACAUCCCCGUUUAUCGCCCUAAGAUGCGCGAGACAACAGCUCUCGGUGCAGCAAUUGCAGCCGGUCUGGCUGUCGGGGUCUGGCGCAAUUUCGCUGAACUACGUGAUAUCAACCGUGCGGGUGGUGCCGUAUUCGAGCCUCAAGUCUCGUUACAGGAGAGCGCAGACAAAUUUGGAGAAUGGACCAAGGCUGUACAAAUGAGCAGGGGAUGGCUUAAAUCCCAGAAAGCCACGGAUGGAGAUGAAAUUGACAAUCAGAAUCAUCUGACGGUGAAGGAGAAUGAGGUACCCCCUCUACUAACCGUCCAUAAUUCAGACCACUCGUUUAUCUCCGAAGUUGUUAAAGCCCCUGUCAUCAACGACGAUAUUCAAAGAACAACCCAUAUAUCUGUCAAGGAAAUUGAGGUUCACUCUGUACCUAAGCCGCUAGUGAAUAUUGUGCACGAUUUGAAUGGCAUGGAUGAAGAAGAUCUGUUCUUGGAGCUACGGAAGGUGGAAAUUUUACAGAGGCUAAAGAAGCUGAAGAAGGAGUCAACAACUCCACCGGCUUCGCGGGCUCCGCGCGCCCGUCCCGGGGCAGUCCCGCAGUGGGUCGCGUACCUGUACUUGGGGGGCCAUUCUCGCGCCUUUCAAAACUUCUCUUCCUUCACCCAAGAUGCGACUCCGUUUGCCAUCCUAAUCCCCGCCAAUAAGCAGCGAUUGAUCCCGACCUCGGAGAGCUAUCCAAAGGGGUUCAAAGUGGGUAGUGCUCGUGCUGGCAUUAAGCCUGCAGGGAACAUUCAGCCAGACUUGCUCAUCGUCGCGUCCGACAUCCCGGUAUCAGGCGCCGCAGUCUUGACCAAGAAUGAAUUCUGUGCUGCUUCUGUGACGGUCACCCGCGAGCUUAUGCGCCGUACCAAUGGUGCUGGGCUGCGAGGUGUCAUUACGAAUUCGGGGUGCGCCAACACUCUUACCGGUCAGGUGGGACUUGAUGAUGCGGCCGCCAUGGGCCGUGCGGCUGCCGAAUGUAUAUCCGAUGGGAUGGAUGAUGGAUCAUCUCUGAUGGUUAUGCAUACAGGCGCAGGUGCCCAACGGCAAGCUCGUUGUUUCUAUGUUGAUCGAGUCUUGAUCUCCAUUGGACGUACUAACCGACCUAACAGAUUGCCAAUUGACAACAUUCUGCAUAAUUUACCGAAAUUGUCCCAAAAGAUAGGGAAUACUCAUGACCACUGGCUCGAGGCCGCGGUCGCUUGGAGUACAACUGAUACAUACCCCAAAAUGAUUUCGCGGACUUACCAAAGGUGCCUGAAUGUAACAACCGACGCCCUGCAGAUCCUCCUUAAAAUGGCUGCGUCCAAGUCAUACAACUGCAUCUCCAUCGACAGUGAUACAUCAACCAAUGACAUGGUCACCAUAUUUGCCAACGGUGCUGCUGCAGCCUCUCCCAGCCAGCCCGCGGUGGACGUCUCCCCAGAGCGGUCAGCCGGCUUUGUCGCGUUCCAACAAGUUCUCAACGGGUUCAUGUCUGAUAUGGCCAAGCUGGUCGUUCGGGACGCCGAGGGUGCCUCGAAAUUCAUUACGAUUCGGGUGCGCGGAUCGCCAUCGAAUGAGGCAGCUCAUCACAUUGCGUCAGUUAUCGCACGUUCUGUGCUUUGGAAGACGGAGAUCUAUGGAGGAGACACGAACUGGCAUGGGAUCUUGGCUGCGCUCGGGUGCUCGCUUCUUGACACACCGUUCGCCGGGCAGGGUAUCAUCAUACCUGAGCAGACAUCUGUGAGCUUUAUGGAUGGCGGUGAGAUUGUCAAGUUUUUGGAUUACGGAGUUCAGGUGCCUGUUGAUGAGACAAAGAUAAAACAGAUCAUGGAAAACGAAGAUCUAGAGAUAUCGUGGACUUGA